AUGAAGAAUUUUCUUCUUGGUCAAAAAAAAUGGGGCUAUGUUUCUGGUUUUGUUCCUCGUCCAUCGAACUCGAAGGCGGAAGGGUAUCUGCCUUCCUGUGACACUUGGAAUUGUGAUAACGCCCAACUUCUGACCUGGUUUCAUAAUUCUACGGAUGACCGUAUUGGAAUGAUGUUUUCCAAGUACAGUACUGCCAAGGAAGUGUGGGAUUAUUUUCUAGGUAUUUAUCAGAGGUCCAACUUUGCCAAGCGAUAUGAGUUGGAAACAACUAUUCAGAGUGCUCGUCAGCGGGAUCAAACUAUUCAAGACUUCUAUAUUGAGAUGACCGUGCAGUUCUUAACGGCUUUAUCCCCUCAGUAUGAGGCUAUCCGAGGUGGCAUCCUUCACCGAUCUCCUCUUCUCUUUGUGGAUGCUAUUGUUCGUGAGCUCUUCUCCAAGGAAACCCGUCUUAAGACGACCAGUCAGACUCUGCCUCAUUCUGUCUUCUUGGCUCCUGCCAAGCCUCCCUUGUUAUCGACCCCACCUCCUUAUCAGCUUCAAGCCACUACGAAACCCAAGAAAGGAUCAUUAGGGCCAGAUGAGUGUGCUUUCUGUCAUCAGAGGGGUCAUUGGAAGAAUAACUGUCCCAAGAAGGGACGUCAGCCUGCUCCAUCUUCCUAG